UAGAGAUUUUGCUAUUUACAACGGCUGGAUAUUAUGUGUCAUUUUGUUUGGUCAACAAUGUGGACACCUACGAUCGCUUUGCUUUUCAUGUGUUCUCAUUGUUUUGUGCGCAGCCUCGACUCCAAUUUAAUCGGAUCCUCUAAAGAAGCGAUGGAUCCAUUGGAACAGGUGGACCCGCACAGUGGAACGGUGUAUGUACAGAAUAAUGUGAACACACGUCGCAGGGCAGAUACAUCUUCUCGCCGUCACAGGACACCUUUACCUGAUCAAGAACGCAGUCUGUCAGCGAGAAAUACCUGCAAUGGAUCUCAGAAAAAGAACCAGAAUAAGGAAAUACUUGCUCCUGUUGAUGACAAAAACAUAGAGAAAAUGGCAGAGAUGGCCACAUGCGUGCGCUCUGGAGACUGUGAGGCAAGGCUGUGCUGCGUCCGCUAUUUAACAGGGAAACGACUCAUCCCAAAGGAGGGAGAGGCCUGCGUACUGCGAGGAGGACGCUCUAAACUGCGUAGAAAUCUUGAGUACUGUGACUGUGCACACGGGCUAACCUGUUGUGCCCAGGCUGAACACCCCAAGAACCAAGGAGUUUGAGGGGUAUUCCCUUUUGAGGACACAAGCUCAAGUAAACAGUACAAAUAUGAUAAAGAUGAUAUGACAUAUUUUCUAUUCAACAAAAAGGUUUGAAAGGAUGUAUAUGCUUUCUACAUAUAGUAUAAUCAAAUUAUAAAACCACAAACUAUACGAUUUCACCUUCUUUAUAACUGUAAAUUACAUAUUUGUAUGUUUAGUGUUAAAGAAAAUGUGCAUAUUUUCUAAAGGUCUCACUUGAUCAAAAUAUCUUCCCCCAACACUUUAAACAUCACAAAAAGCUGUGGCUUGGUUUCCUGAACUCGUUAGGAACUCACCUUUCAUCUCAUAUUAAUAAUGAAGAAUUUUGAAAAUUCUGAAAUCCACAGCACUCUCCCCUCUAAAAGUAACAUGUGAAUCUAAGAGAGAUAAUUCCUCUAUUGCUUGAAUUAUUAGCUUUGCAUAAAUGAUAGUCAUGUACUGUUACUAUAUUUCUGUCAGCUUCAAAUGUACCUACUACUAGUAGAAUUAGUGUUGUGCAAGGUUUUUUAGUGGGGUAUGGAGUACAGGCUUCUCCACUGUGUUUUGAUAACUGAAAUUCACCUGGAACUGAGCAGGUGCCAUCGCCUACUAGCUCGAAGGUAGGUUUUUAAAAAGGCAGACCUGAAUAAAACAGCCCUAGGUGAGCUGCCUGGACCAAUGCAUGUUCACUCUCCCUGUGUGCACAUAUGUACACAUCAUAUAUGUGUUUAUGAAAGAGAGAGAGAGAAACAUUUGAUCAAAAUCCCAUUUUGUUUGUCAGAUGCACCAAAUACAGCGUGUGUAGACUUGACCAUGAAAUGCUUGCUUACGAGCCUUUCCCAAUGAUGCAGAGUUAAAAAGUGCAAGGCAACAGUAAACAACAACAAUAAAAGCAGCACCGAAUUUCAUGACUUUACGUCAAACGGGGUGAGGGAAAUUUCAAUUUCAAAUGUAGCAUUUUCAAUCGCUUGUCAUAGCACCACUAUCUGACCAACCAGUGUAAUUUUGUACAUGCCAGAUCCCUAUGGGAAGGCGCAUCAUUCACCCAAGUUUCGUCAAAAUCUUGCCAGUGCUGUUUGAGAUAUCGCAUGUGACGAAUGUACGAACGUACGGAGACAGAUCCACAGAAAAUAAAAUAAGAAAAAUACAAAUAGUAACUAACACAAGAGGAACAAGAAUGAAGCUAUAUACAUGGAGUACCAGUACCAUAUCAAUUUGCAGGGUACUAGGUAUUUGAGGUAAAUAUGUACAUAAAGGCAGGGUAAAGUGACUAGGCAUCAGGAUAGAUAAUAAUCAAAAGUUAUUUUAGGUAGAUAUGUACAUGAAGGCAGGGUAAAGUGACUAGGCAUCAGGAUAGAUAAUAAUAAGGUAUUUGAGGUGGAUAUGUACAUGAAGACAAGGUACAAUAACUAGGCAUCAGGAUAGACAACAAUAAGGGUAAAAUAAAGAACAGACUAGCAGUAGCAUAUGAUGAUUGUGAAAGUGUGUGUGUGUGUGUGUGUGUGUGUGUGUGUGUGUGUGUGUGUGUGUGUGUGUGUGUGUGUGUGAUCUGCGUGUGCUUAUGUAGUGUAAGUGAAUGUGUGGGUUUGUGUGAGAGUGUCAGUGUAAUGUUUAAGAGUGAGUGUAUAUAUAGUGCAUAUAUAGUCCUGUGAGUGUGCAUAAAGCCA